CCCCACGAAAGGGCUCCCUUCUCCGGCUUCUCUAGUUUAGCCGACUCCGGCCAGGCGGGGUGGAGUGGAGGAGCAAGGGAAGAAGGUGCCUGGGAGGGGUCGGACCACUCCCCGCGGCGGUCGCGUUGGCGCUCUACUGCAGUCCUUCCCCCGCUCCACCGUCAGAUGGCGCUCGUGCGCGGUCUCCAGGCCGACGGCCGCAGCCCGGCGCGGCGACGCUCUAGUCGCCGUUUCUCUAAGGCAGGUGGGGCGGCUUGCAGCCGCGAGGGAAGCAUCGCCUCGCCUCGGAGGGCGCAGCCGGCCGGCCCCUGCCAUGGCGCGGCUCCCGAAGCUGGCGGUCUUCGAUCUGGAUUACACGCUCUGGCCGUUCUGGGUGGACACGCACGUCGACCCCCCGUUCCACCGGAGCAGCGAUGGGGCCGUCCGGGAUCGGCGGGGCCAGGCCGUCCGACUAUACCCGGAGGUGCCCGACGUCCUGCAGCGCUUGCAGGACCUCAACGUGCCGGUGGCGGCUGCUUCACGGACAGGGGAGAUCGAAGGGGCUAAGCAGCUUUUGGAGCUCUUUGACCUUGACAGAUACUUUGUUCAUCGGGAAAUCUAUCCAGGCAGCAAGGUCACCCACUUUGAAAGGUUGCAGCAGAAGACUGGAGUUGUCUUCUCCCAGAUGAUCUUCUUUGACGACGAGAAGCGGAAUAUCGUAGACGUCAGCAAGCUGGGUACUGAGUGGUGAGAUUAACCAUUUGGGGAAGGAGGAGAAAGGGUUCCUAUGAGGGGUUAGGAGUUACCUGCAUUCACGUCCAGAAUGGAAUGAGUCUUCAAACCCUAAGUGAAGGACUAGAGACAUUUGCAAAGGCCCAAGCUAGGCCCUGAGGUCCGGUCCUGUGGCUGAGCCUCAUUGGAGGCAUAAAACUGAAAGGAAAUCAGGACGGCAUUUUCAGGUGUAUGUGUAAAUUAUUAAAGUGUGUCUGUGUGUGACAGGAGA